AUGGAUGAUAAUGAGUUUGUCACACAGACGACGGCCGACUAUGAUGAUGAUAAUGCGUCGAUGAUCAUCAUGCCUCCAUGUAACAUGGAAGGCAUAAGUAAUUUUGGUAAAUAUUUUCUGCCUCCAUUCUACAUAAUAAUAUUCAUCGUCAGCAUUUUGGGAAAUGGAUUGGUCCUGUUUAUAAUCUACAAGUUUGAAAAGCUGAACACUGUCAAUAAUAUACUACUCAUCAACCUGGUGGCUUCUGACCUUGUUUUUACUCUGAGUCUGCCCUUUCAAGCAAUCUACCAUUCCUCAGAGUGGACCUUUGGCAGUCUUGGCUGCAAGUUAAUGAACACUACCUACUUCCUUGGCUUCUACAGCUCUGUCCUUUUCCUGACACUCAUCACUUUUGAUCGUUACCUGGCCGUGGUUCACGUGGUGGCUGCCGCAAAACAGCGGCAGAGCUGCUAUGCCUUUGCUGCAUCUACUGUCAUCUGGAUCAUUAGUGCUGUUGCUAGCUUGGAAACAUAUUUCAACCAUGAUGUUGAGGAUGAUAUAGUUCAAGGAUUAAUCUGUGGUGACACUAGUGACCCUGAUUUUAGGGUGUUUGGGCCAUAUGCUUUGUUUGCCAUGUUUUUCGUCUUCCCCUUGGUCAUCACCCUGUACUGCUACAUCAGGAUUGGCCUGAGGGUGAUCUCCAGCCGAAUGAAGAGCAAACACAGGCCUCUUAAGCUGAUUUUUACCAUUGUGGUUUUAUUUUUUAUGUGCUGGACCCCAUACAAUGUCAUAUUGUUAAUGAAGGAAAUUGUUAAUGAAGGUUCUUGUGAUUACAGUCUUGUCUAUCCGCAGUAUAUCACUCACAACAUCGCUAAUUUAUACUUCUGUAUCAACCCGAUCUUUUAUACUUUCUUGGGAAGAAAAUUUCAAAAUCAUGUGCGACAGCUUUUGGUAACUCGGUUACCAUGUUUAAAGGAUCAUAUUACUGUCAGUACAAGCAUCAGGUCGUAUUCUAGGUAA